GGGAGAGAAAGGAGUACUCCAUACACAGAGCUUUGCCCACUUUAAAACAGCAUCCUCUCAAAAACACAGAGAUUCUUAGCUGGAGGGAUCUAACAGACAGUUAAACAAUAAUAAGGAUCAAGAGUGGUGAAAAAGAAAAUUGUGGAGAAGGUUCCUGUAACUUCAGGGAGGCAAGAGGGAAGUUGCUGCUAAAAAUCAGCCAACCAACAACCUCCCCCACCAGAAACUGAGUCUGAAUUCUCCUCAAGUGAAAGUGAAACAACUAAAGGAGUGAAAGUGUGUGCGAGAGGCAGAGUGUUUGAAAUGUGUGUGUGUGCUGUGCAUGUAGGUGAGACUCCAGUGCGUGUGGAAAGAGCAUGAUCCACUCCCCAGAGCCCCCUGCAGCUGGCUGGAAGGCUGUUGGUGAAGAAGACCAUGAGCCCUGACUGCAUGGCUGUCCCCCAGCAGCUUCCAGAUCCUCAGCUCCCCUCUAACAAGCUUCACGGAGCAGACAGCUGCUGAAAAGCCCAAAGGAAAAAAGCACAGGAUCACUAUGGGAAAUACCUCUGGCCUUUCUUGAGACCCGGAGCAAGAGAAAGGUGUUUUGACCAAAGGGAAGCAACAGCAGGGACUUGGAGCUCCCUCCACUGUCGCUGCCAGAAGUUUUAGCCAAUCAAAUGCACCCUGACAAUAAACUGACCAAUCAUGGAAAGACAAGUAACAGCAGCACCCAGUCUCAGCACCAUAAUGUGAGCCAAGGACCCACCUGCAACCUGGGGUCUAAGGGCGUGGGGGCGGGAAAUCAUGGCAGCAAAGCCAAUCAGAUUUCUCCUGGCAACUCUGGACUGAAAAACAGCCAGAACGCUGUCCCAAACUUUGGGUCCUUGAAGGGCAAAGUGAAACGGGAACGAAGCAUCUCGGUGGACUCAGGAGAGCAGCGGGAAGCCAGCACCCCCUCACUGGACACGGAAUCGAAAGGUGAGGUGGCUCCCCGCAGCAAGCGUCGGUGUGUGCUGGAGAGGAAACAGCCAUACAGCGGGGACGAAUGGUGCUCAGGCCCGGACAGCGAGGAGGACGACAAACCCAUCAGCAGCACACACAACUGUAAUGUAGCAGAUCCUGCAAUGUCCACAGCCCCGCAGCUUGGUCCUGGGUCCAACCCGCUGCCGAACCUGAAUGAGACCAGUUCUUCCAAUGCACCACAUGGCGCUGCUCCUGGCCUGCGACCCGAUGCUGGGGGCAGUGGAGGUGGUGGUGCCGGAAAGCAGCCUUCCCAGUUUGUUUACGUCUUCACCACUCACCUUGCUAACACUGCCGCAGAAGCCGUCUUGCAGGGGCGAGCAGACUCCAUCCUGACCUAUCAUCAGCAGAAUGUACCCCGGGCAAAGCUAGACCAGGCUCCGACUCCCAAGGUACUGGGAGUCACCGAGCAACUGCCGGUUAACCCACCUGCCUCCAGCACUCCACAGUCCCAGCCCCCAGCAUCGCAGGGCAACCAGGCACAGCCUCAGCCCCCCCCAGCACAGCCCCCCCCACCCCAAAGCAUCAGUCAGCAAGCUCUGCCUGCACCAACUACCCUACCCCAGGAAGGGACGGGAGAGGACAUUCGGCGGGACCUGACUCCCAACUCUGUGGGAAAUAGCAGCGGCAGCACCCAGCCAGGGAGCAACCACCCCAACACGCCCAACGCCUCCACCAACCCGAUGCAGCCUGGGCAGGUGGACUCUUCUAGUGCUUCCAGCUCUAACUUACUGGGGGAUGGUACCAGUGCUGGGGCAGGCGGAAAUGGGCAGGUAGUGCUGGGCCCCAGGAACCCCAUGAACUCAGAGGGGCUCUCUAAGGAGCAGCUGGAGCACCGGGAACGCUCCCUGCAGACCCUGCGGGACAUUGAGCGCCUGCUGCUGCGCAGCAGUGAGGCCGAGCCCUUCAUGAAGUCCAACCAAAGUGCUGGUGAGGGUGGCCCCACUCCCCAGUCGCAGGCCCCACUCACCCAGCCACCCCUCCCACCUGCGGGCAUGAAGAAGUAUGAAGAGCCCCUGCAGUCCAUGAUUUCACAGACGCAGAAUCUGGGGGGCCCCAACUUGGAGCAUGAGGUCCCCCACCACCCAGGCUCUGACAUGGGGCAGCAGAUGAACAUCAUGAUGCAGCGGCUGAACCAGGACAGCCUGACGCCAGAGCAAGUGGCCUGGAGGAAGCUGCAGGAGGAGUAUUAUGAGGAGAAGCGGCGGAAGGAGGAGCAGAUCAGCAUCCAUGGUCGACCCAUGCAGGAGAUGAUGAUCCCACAGUCCAUGGGUGGCAUGAUGAUUCGGGGGCCGCCACCACCCUAUCACAGCAAACCUGGGGAGCCGUGGCCUCCAGGGAUGGGCAACCAGCUAAGGGGGCCCAUUGAGGUCCAGGACCCCAUGCAGAUGAGGGGAGCACCCCCCUUCCCAGGGCCAAGGUUCCCUGGAAAUCAGAUGCAGAGGGUCUCUGGCUUUGGCGGGAUGCAGAAUGUGCCCAUGGAUGCCCUUGGGCCCAUGAAUGCUAUGCAGCGGCCAGUCAGGCCUGGCAUGGGAUGGAAUGAUGAUAUGCCUCCAAUAGGAGGCCCAGGGAACUUUCCACAAGGGAGCCUGCCCUAUCCUUCAGGGCAAGGGGACCCUGAGCGGUUCAUGAACCCCCGAGCCAGGGAGGAGAUCCUGAGGCACCAGCUGAUGGAGAAGCGCCCGGUGGUGAUGCAGAGGCCCAUUGGGAUGUCUGGCAGCUCCAUGAGCCAAGGUUUGGAAAUGGAGAGGAUGAUACAGGCUCACAGGCAGAUCGACCCGUCCAUGUUCCCUGGACAGAUGCCAGGAGAGAGCCUAGGUGGCGCACCCAUAGGUAUGGACUUCACGGGUACCCGGGGGAUAUUGAGCCCACCCAUGAGCCAGUCGAGCCUCCGAGACAUGGAUGCGCCCAUGGGACCUGGGAACCUCAACAUGAACAUGAAUGUCAACAUGAACAUGAACAUGAACCUCAAUGUCCAGAUGACCCCACAACAACAGAUGAUGAUGUCGCAGAAAAUGAGGGGCCCUGACAUGAUAGGCCACCAGGGCAUCAGCCCUGAGGAUCUGGCCAGGGUGAGGGCUCAGAAUGGUAGUGGUGGCACAAUGAUGGGGGGGCCACAGAAGAUGAUGAUCCCCUCACAGUUCCCCAGCCAAGGGCAGCAAAGCUUCUCAGGCGGGCAGGGCCCCUAUCCCAGCAUGCCCCAGGAGAUGGGCAGUGCCCCAGACAUGUUCAGCCCUGAACAGGGUGCCAUGUCCAUUGGGAACAUCGGCGGCACCACCAGGCUCAGCCACAUCCCUUUGCCGCCAGCUUCCAAUCCCCCUCCCACCCAAGGGGGCAACCUAGCCAACAUGCACCCGGCACCCUCACGGGGGCUGGGCCGCAGGCCCUCCGACCUCACCAUCAACAUCACCCAGAUGAACUCCCCUGGCAUGGCCCACCUCAAGUCCCCAACGCUCAGCCAGGUGCACUCACCGCUUGUCCCCUCCCCAUCUGCCAAUCUGAAGUCUCCCCAGACGCCCUCGCAGAUGGUCAGCAUGCCACCUUCCAACCAGUCUGGGCCCCUGAAGUCGCCCCAGGUGAUGAGCUCCUCCCUCAACGUCAGGUCUCCCACCAGCUCACCAAGCCGCCUGAAGUCCCCUUCCAUGGCCGUUCCUUCACCCGGGUGGGUGCCAUCUCCCAAAACCACCUUGCCAAGUCCAGGAGUCAGCCAGAGCAAGCAGCCUAUCAGCAUGAAUUCGUCAGCUUCCAUGGGAGGGCUGGAUCAGGGUUCGCUCCCUCCUGGGCCUAGGAGCAGUUCCUCUGCGCCAGCCAGUAAUCCCUCUAGCACCAUGAAUCCCAACAUACCUUUUACUUCCUCUCCAGAUCCAUCCCCCUCCCAGAACCCCCUCUCGCUGAUGAUGUCACAGAUGUCCAAGUAUGCCAUGCCCAGCUCCACACCACUCUACCACAAUGCCAUCAAAACCAUCGCCACCUCUGAUGAUGAGCUGCUCCCAGACAGGCCUAUGCUCCCACCAGGAAGCAUGCCAGGUAUCACAGGAAAUCAGCCAAAUCAACUGCACUUGAACUCAGUGGGGCCUGCAUCCUCGCAGAGUCCCAUGGGGAUGAACUUGCCUGGCCAGCAGCCACUCUCCCAUGAACCCCCGACGUCCAUGAUGUCCUCGCCGAAUCCCCUGGGCGCCAACAUUCCGAUGCACCCUGGUGCGCAGGGGGCGGGUGUGCCCCCCCCAAAUCCCAUGAUGCUGCCUCCAGGGCCCCAGGACUCCUUGAACCAGCCCUGCGGCCCUGUGCCAAACAAUUCUCAGAUGAUCCCUUCCAACCAGCUGGUGUUCCCCCGCAUGCAGCAGCCCCACAAUGCCAUGCAGUCUCCAGCUGCGGGUAUGCCCAUGACACCAGGAGGUGGGGCUGGGAUGCAGCAACAUUACCCGCCCGGGAUGCCCUUGCCACCAGAGGACCUUCCCUCCCAGCAGCCUGGCCAGAUGCCCCCCCAGCAGCACAUGCUGGGCAAGAACAUCCCUCCUCGGAUUGGAGAUCCCUACCCCCCUGUGCUUCCGGGUGUGGCUUCAGUGCUGAAUGACCCUGAGCUCAGUGAGGUCAUCCGCCCCACACCUACGGGCAUCCCUGAGUUUGACCUCUCCAGGAUCAUCCCUUCAGAGAAGCCGAGCAGCACCUUGCAGUAUUUCCCCAAGAGUGACAGCCAAGCACCGAAAUCACAGCCUUCCAACCUCCACCUCAUGAACCUGCAGAACAUGAUGGCUGAGCAGCCACCCACGCGGCCAGGCAUGAGCACCCCCAGCCUUCCAGGGCAGCAGGGCAUGCAGCGGGGACUCAACAUGUCUAUGUGCCACCCUGGACAGGUGUCCAUGCUGAGCAGGACAGGUAUGCCACCCCAGCAAGCCAUGAUGGGGAACAGCAUGCACCAGGGCAUGAUGUCCCCCCAGCAGAGUCUGAUGGCCCAGCAGAAUUUCAUGCUGAUGCAGGCUAAGCAGAGGAGCAUGUCUGUGUCAGGGGAAAUGUACGCCCAGUCGGGCCAUAUGAUGUCGCCUCAGGGCUCCCUCAUGGGGCCCCCACCUCAGCAGAACCUUAUGGUCACACACCAGAUGAGGCAGAGGAGUGUUUCACUGGACAGCCAAAUGAGCUACAUCUCCGGGCCUGGAAACAUGGCGAACCUGCCUUUCUAAUCAUGUCCUGAGGGGCAAGGGCCGAUUGUAGAAACUUUUUUUUUAAAACCUUUAUUUGGAUUAGGGUCGGGAGGCUGGGGCCUGUGGGGGUGCGGAGGGUUUUUCAUAUUGGAUUUGCCUCUAUAAGGAAAACCAGAUGUGCAGUAAAAUUGAUGUGAAUCCUUUUUGGGGGGCGGGGGUAUUAUUAUUUUUGAAACUCAAGUGGUGACCGGGGGCUUCCAGACCCUACGGCAGUUUGUAAAAUCUUCCUUUUUUUUUCCUCGUAGUGUGGGUUUUCUUUGUUUUUUGUUUUGUUUUAAAGAACAACCAAAAUGUACAACAAGAUUUUGAAUGAGCUGUAAAUAGGGCUGGGAAAGGCAGAAACUUGUGCUGGUUUUAAAUUGUCUGUAUUUCUGUGUUUUAAUAGAAGCCUCAAUUUUCUGUUUUAAAACAACAACAAAACUUUUCAAAAAAUCAAUGUAUGAGGGUUUAAAACUCUUGCAGAGGAGGUUCUAGGGGAGUGGGAGGAGGUGAGUGGGUAUUGAGAGAGCCCUCUGCAAAAGAGCCUCUUUGCCAGCCCCACAUCAUUCAUGCAUCAGAACAGCUUGUGUGCGGGGAUGCAUGGUUUUGAACAGACAUAUAUACACAUCUUAGAUCCUGAUUCUGCAGUCAGACCCUCUGGGCCUGUACUCGGUUCAGGGGUGCACCCAGUCAUAUGGAUCCACCUGCAGGAUUGGAGCUGCUGAGAUGUCUAUAAAACAGUGUUGGUUGUGGGAGACGCUGUUUGGUGGUUGGGAUGGAUAGUGGUCUUUAUCUGUCUCUGCUGCGUGGUGAAGCUGCUGGUAGCAUGAGCAAGGAGAGGGCCCAGUUGUUUAGUUUAGGGAAGGGUGGGGGGUCUGAUCCCACUCUGCAAGUAACAAGUAACUGGACCAUGAGGCCUCCACCCAAUCAUGACACUCCCUGCUCCCUUCUCCAUCCUCAGAUGUUCUGUGUGAUGUGUGCAUGUCGCUGUGGAGUGGAGAUAGCAGAAUGAACACUGGGAUUUCUGACUGGCUGAUUUCAUCCUGUAGCUUCCUGGAUGUGUUGUGCAGAAGCCAGGAGGGAACUCAAGACACACACACACCCCCACCAAAGCAUCCCAUACUUCUUGUUGGCUCUGCUCCCACUUACAUGAGUUCAUGCAUCUCACCCUGCUGCACUAUGUCCUUUGCCUCCGAAGUGCACACAUUUCUGUGGGAGAGCUAGCCUGAUGCAUAAAAGCAGGCAUUUUAUGGUAAAGGUUCUCCAAGCAUUUUCUCAAUCUGGGAAUCCCAGACUCCUCCAUGAAAGGCCCUAGAGGCAGUUGGGCAGCAGUUGUAAGGCCACCUUUAUACCCUGAAACCACCUGCAGCAGCCCUGCUCUCUACUAUGGAUGUGCAGCCUGUAGAGACAUCAAGUCCUUGCAUGCAAUACUCCACCUGGAUACAAGAGGCCUCCUGCUCAGACUGAGCUGAUGUUUUUCUAAACGAAGCUCUAGUUCAAACAGUAAUUUAUUCAGGGAAGUUCCAUGGCUUGUGUUAUACAGGAAGCUAGACUAGAUGAUCACAAUGGUCUCAUCUGGUCUUAGAGGCUAUGCUGGGAGAUGUCUCCUCCACAGGUCAUUCCAUGUUACUCAUAGGAGCAGCUGGGACUUCAUUUCCACUACCGCUGUAGGCUGCUUAAAGCAAGGACUGCAAGCAUAAGUUUCGUGUGGGGGAGUGUCCCCAUGCCUGGCACCCUCUUCCUGCACAGAGUUCUUAGAGUGUGCUAUGACAGCUUUUUGAAGGGAGGUUGGAGAUAAUCCAUGUGUGCAUGCAGUCUCUGUGGAUUGCAGGAAAAUAUUCUAAAAAAUGGAUCCAAAUGACCAUGGGGCACCCUAAUCUACCACCAUUUUGAGGUUUAUCUCCGAAAAGCCAGCCUUUUUGUUGCCCCUCUCAUAGCAAAGGGGCCCCUUCCCCAAGCAGCACAAUGGAGGAGAAAUAAAGCUUCUGCACCGAGAAGUUGAAGCACUGCAUGAAAUGUGAACCUUCUGUUUGUGGUUCCAAGAGUGAAUCUGUUAGCAAAGGCUGCUGAACUGCACCAGCCCAACAGUCUCUUAGGCCAGAUCCCAAUGGGCUGAAACCAAAAAGUUUAGACAGAACCAUUCCCAAGUUUGAGGGUGUUUUGUGGGAAUGGGGCUGGCUGGGAAGGGUGUUGAGCUCUGGUCUUUUGCUUUGGGCCUGUGUCUAGGGACCAUGAGUGUGGCUCUCAGAACAGCAAUGGGCUAAAACCAGAGGCACUUUUCCAGCUCUGUCCCAUUUGAUAAAAUGGGAACAACCCAUUGCGUUGCCCAUCUCUGCCUGGGACAGUGCCCUGCCCUGUCGAAGGGCCAAGAGGGCUGUCCCCUCCACCUCCCACUCUAAGUGCACUCAGGCACCUUGCUUUUUAACCGGGGUGGUUGUUUACCCAUUUCAGAGACUGGAGGGGGGAAGAUUGGUGCUGGAAGAGCUGGUUCAAGCAGAACAAUACAAACCAUACUGUAAAACAAACCUUCCCUAUUUCUCCAUGUUGCCCCCUGGCAGUGCUGUUGGGGGUAACCCCUGCUAGUAUUUCCCUUGUAAACACCAUUGGGAGUUGCUCAGGACCAGCACAAGCCCCAUGCACCACAAAAGCCCCUGGCCCCAUACGUUAAGGGGCAUUUCACCCCCCACCAUUAAGUCUCUCUAUUUGAAGCCAUAAUCUUUUAAAUAAAAUUAAGCUUUGUCUCCAGACAGCCAUUGCUUUGACCCCUGAGUGAUUAAAAGCUCCAGUGUGUAGACCUCCUACACUUCCCCCUACCCAUCUGGUCUAGCUGAGAAAUGUCCUGAGGUGUUGGAUCUCUGUUCUGUCAGCAUUGUCCUCACAUGAGUCAGGGCCUGCAACUUGCAAUAUGUCUGUGUGAGGAAAGUCAGUGCAGCUGUGUAGAAGAGCGAGAGAGAGAACUUGCAGAUGCAGGUGGGAGUGAUGGCAUUCCAGGUAACAGAAAGGGAAGGUGACAGUGAUGAUAUUUAUCCCACUUUAGAUUGUAUGACAGUUGGGAAGGAGCAAGGCCUACAGCCCAACCGCCCUCAAUACAACAGUGAAAUUCUGGUACUUUGCAAGGAUGUUGGCCCUCCUGGGGCACUUUUUGUUUGGUCUUCAGAGCAGCCAACUGGGAAGUUGUAACCAACCCCCCACUGCCCUAGCACCCAGUCUUCAUGAUAUCUGAAUCUGGAGGCCGGCAAGGCUGAGUGGUGCCUUUUUUUGCUUCGGGUACCAUCUCCCAAACAGGUCUAGUUCAUCAGCAAUAUGGUGGGAGCCUUUCAGAGGUGAACAGUAGCCACCCCUUGUUUGCUCUGUCACCCUCUGCUGUGCCCUGGGUCUCAUCUUGUCUUGUGCUUUAUUGCUUCAUUUAUUGGCUUCAGUUUUGUGUGCUGAAUUCUACCCAAUCAUGGUUAUGGAUGCCCCUUUGUUUCUAACUAUGAUAUGUCAAUGUUUUUUCCUGCUCCAAACAAAGGAAAACGUCUUUCCAAUGCAAUUUUAAGCAAUCACAUGUCCAGAAUUAGCUUUCAUGUCAAGGUAACAGUGACUGACCCCCCUUUCUCUGUCAUCCCAUGGAGAAACUUCCCCAGUCAUUUUGUACCAUUAUAUAAAUAUAUAUAUAAAAAUAUAAAUAUAUAAAUACAAUAUGUGAAGACAUCUUAUUGGUUUUUAUUUUGAAACAAUUUUUAGGCUUGUUUUUUGGGUAUCUGUGCUGCCUGUAAUGUAUUGACCUGUUUUAUAGGUGCCUUUUUAUUAAAAAGAGAAGUUUCAAAACCUGA